GUGUGGCGGGCGGGGGCGCCUUCCCCUUGACUAACACGGCCGCAGAUUUGUCUCGACGACGACGACGAACCACCGCGCCGCCCUUUUACCCAAGCGGGCAAACUCGUCGCCUGUACACCCGCGAGCCAAUCGGAGUGGUGGUUUGCCGCCUUGAAGUCCGCACGCAGCUCGGCCAAUGGGACGUUGGGUUGACGUUGGGGGUGGACUAGUUGGUGAUACAAUCAAUUCGAAGUGCGACGGAAUCGCCAAUCGUUCAGAUAUUAGCCAAUCAAAAAAUGAGGGGGGGGGGGGGACCGUGUCACGCGACGCCAUACGACCCAAUGGAAUCACUCGAUCCGUGAAUCGAUUGGGGAUGGUUCGACACGACGAUUAACCCGCUAGUUCACGAUCGACUUUGAGCUGGCUUUUGCCGGGAAUCGGCUGAGCGGAAUCGAUACGAUUUAGCGUCGAUUCACGAUUCCGCGAGAAGCCAUAUACGGGGGGCCAACAUCAUCACCGAUCGCAUGUUUGCUUCUGGCUGUCCCGAUUUGUUGCAUUCACAGGCGCCGGGGGUGAAACGACGACCACCACCACCACCACCCACAACCACCCCCCACCCAGAGCCACCUCCACACCCAACAACCUGUGCCCCCUUCCUCGCCGCGAUUGGCCGAGUGCGGGGAUCCAAUCGGAUGCGCCGACAUUGAGGGACUCGCGGGCCCCCACCCCGGACAGGAGUUGCGAGCUCCGUGGUGAGGAAUCAAAACAACAGGCGGAUUCCGCUCCCGAGUCGUCGGGUUCGUAGAGGCGACGGUCAAGUUGGGGGUAUAGGGGGGGGUAGCGAGGCAGCGGCUGCUGCUGCUGCGGUGCUGGGUCCAAAGCGUGGCGCUGGGCGGUGACGCGAGGGCGGGCAGCGGGGAGGGCGACUCCGCCUCACGCAAUCAAAGCAGAGGGAGCAGCAGCAGCAGGUUACCUCAGUCCGUCUGCUGCCGGCUAGCACCUGGUGCCCCCCCGCAAGGAGAGAGGAUCCACCUCUACCGGCCGUGAGAUGGGGGACACGGACGGAGACACGGGGCCCGAGAUCCGAGAGGGCUUCCUGUGCCCCAUGUGUGUGCGCGACUUCCCCUCCGUGUACCAGCUGCAGGCGCACUACGAGGACGCGCACUCGGAGGACGACCGCCACGUGGUGCACCACAUCAAGAAUCUCCUCGGCAGAGCGAAGAGCAAGCUGCUGAAGAGGGACGAGAAGGUGGACCCGGGCACAGAUGGAGGAGCUGACUCGGUGGCAGCAGCGGUGGUGACGACGGGAGGCAUUGACACGUGGAUGUGGGAGCCCCAGGAACCCGGUUUGGAACGAAGUCACUUGGACGACUUUAAGAGGGUGAGGGCGGCUCGAAUUGACCGCUCCGUCAUCGAGAUGAACAGGCUACUCAUCCGCCUAGAGAAGCUGACGUCGUUUGAUCGCGUGAACACAGACCCGGCCAAGAGGAAAGCGCUUGAGCGGUUGGUGGUGACGUGGGUGAGCGACGAGGACGUGCCGUGCUGCCCCGACUGCGGCCGCGGAUUUUCGGUGACGAGCCGCCGCCACCACUGCCGGCUCUGCGGCUCCAUCAUGUGCAAGCGCUGCACGCACUUCCUCACCGUCGCCUUCGCCGACAAGCUGACGAGCGCCAACCGCGUAUCGACCUUGGCUGGAUCAACCGCGUCUCUGUCGGCGGCCUGGUCCGGUGGCAGUGCCGCCGGUGCCAAGGCAGCUGGCCGGCCCGGCGAGGGCGGCGGGCACCGGCGGCGCGGCAGCACCAGCAGCGUGGGUUCGUUGCUCCUGGAGGACAAGGACGACGAGCGGGUGCGGUGCUGCCGGCACUGCCGCGAGGCGCUGGUGCGGCACGAGCACCAGAUGGACGAGCAGCACCACCAGCCGGCCAUCGUGGCGCUCUAUGAGAAGCUGCAUCAGAGCACGGUGAAGGUGGAGCAGCUGGCGCCCGAGUACGGCAGGAUGGCCGACUCCCUGAACGCCGGCGAGACGACGUACACCCUGGACCAGGGCAAUGCGAUGCGCAUGGAGCUGAUGAAGCUGUACGAGCUGGUGGAUGUCAUCAGCAAGAAGAUCCUGAACCUGGGUGUAAAGGAUGACCCCCCCCCUCAUGCCAAGGCACUGAAGCUGCAGAAGAUGAUUCGCUACAGCGUGAGCCUCUUCGUGCAGGAGAAGCUGCUGGGGCUGCAGUCGCUGCCGACGGCCGAUCGCUACGAGGAGCUGAAGGAGGGGCGGAGGCGUGAGGCGGAGAGCCGCGUCAUGCAGGAGAGACAGACUUCGCUCGACUCACAGCAGCAGCAGCGCCAGCAGCAGCAGCAGCAGCAGCCCCGGCGCCAACGGCCCGCGGUGGACAGUGCUACCGGGUGGCUGCCCGAGAGCGGUGUGCCGGCGUCAGGCAUGGAAGGACACGGUGGCCCCAUCGGCGAGUUGGACGACCCACUGCUGCAGCAGAUCGCCAACAUCCGCAGCUACGUGCGGCAGGCGGUGGCGGCGGGGCGCGUGGACGAGGCGCGCACGCUGCGUGAGAACCUGCAGCAGCUGCAGCAGGAGUACGAUGCGCAGCAGAUGGAGCUGGCGCAACGGGUGGCCCUGAAGGCCGAAGAGGACGAGGAGUUCCAGGCUCGCCAGCUUCACCUCCUCCGGGAGCGCAGCCACCGUGACAGCCCCGCGGGGUCACCAGCGAGGUCGCAGGGGCACGACCCCGCGGGGUCACCAGCGAGGUCGCAGGGGCACGACCCCGCGGGGUCACCCGCGAGGUCGCAGGGGCACGACUCCGCGGGGUCACCAGCGAGGUCACAGGGACACGACCCCACGAUGGGGUCACCCGCAAGGUCACAGGAGCACGAGCCCACAAAAGGGUUGUCCGUAAGAUCGCGUGGGGAUGGUGCCACCGCCACAGCCCUGGCACCGUCACCGUCGCCAAGGCCGGAAACCGCACAGCCGGAACCCAUGGUCCGGGGACAGCCGGAACGACCAUCACCGCCCGGCGGCCCCUGGCAUGACCUCUCAUCGCCGACCAAGAUGACGAGACAGCAGCACCCGGUGAAACGGCAGCAGCAUCAGCAGCAGAGCGGAGCGAUCGGUGUUCCGUGGCAAACGACGGCCCAGGUUCACGCAAGCUCACACGACGCAGGACCCCGGGCCGGCGCCGCCCUCGCCAACUCCGGCUCCUCCAUCCCCUCCUCGGCGGCAGCAGUGGCGUUACCGCCAGGCUCUCGUACGGCGCAUGCCACCGCCUCCUCCUCACUGCCAGCACCUAAACCCUCCUCGCUCAACCCGUUCGAGUUGGACGAGGCAGACGGCGUCGCCGGCGGCGGAAGGAGGAAGCGGGGGUCAUUGGCGGAACCGAUUCCGGUUCGGGGCUCCCCAGACGGGAACCCCUUCGCCCAGACACCGUCCCCAAAGAAAACAGGUGCCGGUCGGCACGAGGCGCCCAAUGGGAGCGGAAACCCAUUUGAGGAGGAGGAAGUCGGUGCCAACGGCCGGAGCUCGCUUCGCCCUGACGAGUCCCCAAAACCGUCACUGGCAAACCCGUUUGAGGACGACGCCACCAACCCCUUCCACCAGGACAACUCGGGGCGGCGACAUGGAGCCAAGCCAGUCGCCAGCAGCAGCAGCAACCCCUUCGAGGUGGACGACAAUGGUGAUGAUGGGCGCGAUGGCGCUGGUAACGUCGGCGCCAUCGACCCCGAGCUGCUGCGCCAGCAGAUCGACAACAUCCGGGCGUUCAUCUUUGACGCCAAACGCGGCGGGCGCUCCGAGGAGGUGGCCGCGCUCACGCAAAACCUGCGCGAGCUCCAGCAGGCUCUGGUUCUCUCCUCUCGCCGGAUGCCAUCGGUGGCGCCGCGGGGGACCCUGCCCUGACCGACCAACGGUGCCACUCCGUUCUAGCCACUGCCCGUCCGGUCGGGCGGAUUCCAUCAUUUUCUGUCAAGGGCUUAAGUGCACUCGGGUGGCAAAUGUUGGAUGUCUGACCAGGACGCCGAUGGGGGGGGUGUCCGAUCGCCGUUUUGGUGUUCCACUUAACACGGCCCGUGGGAAAGCUGCCACUUUCCAAUCUGGCACCUGGACGUCCGCUGGCAUCCCGCCACGCCGGCCGGUACGGUGGAGUGGAGACAACGCUGGUUUUAUUGCGGUAGGCGCUUGGCUAAGUUUAGUUUUUUUUGCGAUAUGAGAAUGCCAAGUUUGGCCUUAGGCUGGCUUUUUGGACUUGAUUGCCUGGCUUGUUUCAUGGGGUGGCGUAACAUUCCCAUCGAGCGGAACCCAUCUAAGCUAAGCAAUUUGAUGCCGGGAAUGUAACAUUAACGAUUGUGAUGUUACCGUCUGGAACCAUGCGUUACCGUUGUGUUUUAUCGCCAGGGCUCAGUAUUUUCCGGGUCGCUAGUAGAGACUUGGAGUAGGUGCCACAUGACUGGUAACCACCACAGCCAUUGAGUGGUAAAUACUGGAUGUGUGGUGUGCUAGAUGUGGAAAUAUUUUGCGAGUGGCCGACUCGGAUAGAGUCGCCCUGUCGUGGUAGCACAGCGAGUUGGGUUGAUUCUGAACUGGGCGACGUGGGAUGUUGGGGUCACCCGUUAGCGUCUGGGAAGAGUGAAGUGUCAGGUUUACACGAGUCACCAUUAACGUUUACCUCUCUUUCCACUGCACAACCGAGCUGCAUCGGGAGCUGUGCCAAGCCAGCCCAGCGCGGCUCAGGAGGGUGCCAGGUUGCGUUGCCACUGCCGAAGCCACUGGACAUCUUCGCUUGAAAUGACGAAAACUAUCACCCCGGACCGUGGCCAUGUUGGGGCCCCGAGGCAGUUUCAGGCGUCUUCCUGUGAGGUCAAAAUUUUCUCGUUUGGUUCUGGUUCGGCUUGGGAAAUAGCCACUUGGGAAAACGGCGUGUGCCGACAGGCCUGCGCUUUGGCGCACCAGUGUAAAAGGGGCAUUUGAGGCCUAGGCAUUCCAAACGACCAUUUAUUAUUUCACGGUUGCCUGUCAUACCCGUCCGCUUUGCACGCUAGUUGAUGAUGACGACGAUGCGCAGUGUCGGAAACCUGCGCUGUGAAGUGGGAUGGGAACUGGGGUUUGAUGAGCCGGUCUGUGUGACCCGCCAUUGGUUCAGCUCCCUGUUAUUACUAACCUGGGCUCUCCAAUUCGUAAAGUAGUCCGUGACUAUCGAUUAUCGGCUCCGUUACUCAACUGAUCCGAUAACACGAAAACACUUGGGGAAAUAAUGUCGCUUAUGUCGUGUGCCGGUGGACGGGAGGUUUCACUCUGCCACUCACGGUUAGCGUGGCUCGGAGUGGAUUUCUCGCCCUGGGGUGGCCACGAAGGACUCGUCGAUAACGAUUUCCAUCGGUUUAAGCAACGCGAGCGACUCGUCGUCCCAGCGCGCAUAACGACCCUUGGCAAGAUUGACAACGAUGUGCGGGCCGUGGCUUAACUUGCGUGCAAAUAUAGAGCUCGGUCAUCGCGGAGGUGGAUCGUGGCGGCUCGCGGGGACUGGGGAGUUCGCCCCGGUCUGGUUGAUGCCGUAGCGCGAGUCGCUCGACGCUUUGCGCCAGACGCCGGUGCGAACAAGUGCACGCCUGGGAUGCGAAGCCGCGUGUCAGCACAGCACGUGGUGCUGCAUAUUGUCCCUGUAUAUUGACUAAACGCGGCUUGGACCGCGGUGAAAUUAGCGUACAGUCGGAAUAAGCUAAACGGGUAGGAUCCUUUCCACAGUGGUCGUAACCACGACACUACUGUAAAUGUGCGGUCAGGUGCUCCGCAGAUUGUUACAUCGCAGACUUUUUAAGAGGUGGCGACAGCUUGAGGAGGCCUUCAUCCAGAAGUGGAUUGACCAUGGCUGAUGAUUACCGCGAUUGGAGCCACACAUCCAAGUUUCUGGCCACAGAUGUAAUAAUCGCAACGCGACUCGACGCGCUUUUAGGCGACAACACGCAGAGGGCGGUGGCAGCGUUCAGUAGUGGGUUGUCAGCCUGCACGCACUUCUGUCUGGUGCUGAUGAUGAGUGACUGCAGUAAUUCAUAUUCUUAGUUCUUUACCAAAAGAACUAAGAAUAUGAGUGCAACUUAAUUUACAGAGCGUGUUAGAAUUGGCCAGUCGUGGUUCUUAUUGGAUUGAAUAGCAUUUAGGAAAGCGGUAAGUUACUUGAAUAAAAAAUAUACGGUAGUCAUUUGAACCCCGGGGUACAAAUUCUACUGUGACAAUGACUCCCCCCCCCCAUCCCUGAGAUCACAAUACUAAUAUACUAUUUUAACCUUGGGGUAGCAGAAUUGGGGUUAAGAUUCAGGGUUCUGAUCUCCUGCGGUCAGUAACAGCUUCGGCUAGCACAUGGGCGGGGGUUCAAAAUAGUACACGACGGUGCCACCGUUCGAGAAGGCUCCGUCGCACAAGUGCCCGCUGCCUUUAUUCACGUGCGUCCACCGCGUCCGGAACCCCCUCCCUCCAACGUAACGCUAACGCUGCGGCCGCCACUCGGUAGCGCCGUUCGAGGUGUCGCCUCUAAAGUAUUACACUGCCUGUGAAUUUAAUUUAGUUUCCCAACACUAACCCUCGUGCGUGCGACGGACGUUGUGCGCUGCGAACCCGCCUGCUGCUGUUCUGGUUCGGGGAAGGCCCACUCUGGUUUCUGUGACCCGUGGAUUUUGAAGGUGAAGUUUAUUAUUCAUUCCGUUACCCAGGAGUCGCCCAGACGAUCGCCAUGUUUCCUGAUUUACGUGAUCGGGAGUACAUUUUCAAAUGUGUCAAAUUUGGACCGUGCCGCUGGCCACACGUGGCCUACGGCUCUUUCGAAGCGCAUCGCGGCAUCGACAGCGUCCACUGUGAAGCGGACGGUGCGCAGUAUCGUUACGGUUAAUGCAACCGCAGCGUUAACUGGGACGGCAACAAAGAGGCGGCUGCGUCGCCGGGGGCAGAAGCGAGUCGUGGAAUCCGCCCAUCCCCGCCAUGCCGCACCCAGUUGAGAAUCCGAGAUCCCGAGCGACAGCUGUUCUCCCCCAUGAUCGGAACACUCGAUUAUCCAUCCCGUUUACACUGCCUUGUAUCGUUGCGUCUCGCUCCGUUCUAAAUUCCGUUGGCGUAUAAUCUUCAUCAGUCGUAAAAUCGCUUGGUUCUUGCAGAUGCGAUUCGGUGCCUGCACCGUGAGCGCAAGGACCUGCCUGGGCACGGAACAAUAGCGCACGACCGGAUGCAUCGUCGCGAUGUGGGGCCACGAUUCGUCCCAUAAUUGUACGCUUCACUUGUGUUGAUUUGCUCCAUUAUCCUAAAUGCAUAAUUUACAUAAAUCUCACGUUACAAAUUCUUACACUUGCAUGCGUUGCCAGAGUAAUAACCGAAUUUAUUCUAGAUCUGAAGUUUUCGUGACUGCAAUGAUCCAUUCUCUUUGGUUCUUUCGGUAAAAUCACGUAGGGAAAAAAAAAAAAUAAUUGUGUGCCCCCUACUGUGUGCACCAAAAGUUUUUUUUCCCUCCGUGACUUUACCGAAAGAACCAAAGAGAACCGAAUUUGCCUGGCUACGAACCAGGCCUGGUCCUGCCCGAGUGCCCACGCUAGAAAAGGAACUGCUGCAGGUUGUUCCUCCCCCUCUAAAAAAACUUUCUCCUGUGGGUAUAGUCCAUGGUCCAGAGCAGAAAUGGGUUUGAAGGCAGCAAUACUUUUACUCGACUAAUAUACAAGCGACAUAUACAACAAGAACUCGCUCAUUGCAAUUGGUUAUCACGAAGAAAUCAGAGCCACUAGAGUGAUGCCACAAUAGGUGGUACCGGCAAGGGAGGUAUCUGCUCUGGGAUUGUCCAGCUGCGAUGGGAGCUUGGCGUUUAUGAUGAUGUCACUUUACCCCCCAACCCCUCCCUCCAGAAGCUGCCGUCGCUGUCAAUCACUCUAAAAUUGCACAAUUAAACAGGGCGGGAAUAAGGAAA